AUGGCUCCAUCGCUACAAAACCACCGGCCGCCCCCCAGGGACAGAAGAACGUUGUUCUGUAACCGCUAUUUUCCUCACCACAACGGAAGCACAACACCUCCAGAACACCUGUUAGCCUCCAAGAAACACAGACCGCCACCCACAAACGACGGGCACCUUCAAGAUCGAGCGUCGCCAAUCACAGUUAGCACCAGUGGUCGCCUAGAGCUUCGACAGAACCUACAACCGUCGACCUGGCUGAAUCGACGUCAUUGGCAGGCUUUGUUCCUAUCUCUUCAGUCGUUGACGAGGAGCAAGUUGGUUUUCCAUGAAUCGUUAGAGUCUCCGGUCGUAGGCUCUUUGUCUCUCGACAUCAUUCCAAGGGAUCGGGAGGCUGGGGCGGCUGGAGGACCUUUUCUCUAA